AAGUGCCAUUUCUCUAAAAUUUUUAAUUUGAUAAUUUCAUGAAGUUGCUGUUUUAUGCUUAGGUUUUAUGAGAUAUCAUAAAGUAAAAUUAUAAUAAUUAAGCCUUGCACCUAUUAGAAAAUAGUUUGUAUUGAUCCUUAGAAUAAAUUUUAAUUUUAUAGAUAAUUUAGAGAAAUGACGCUUCUGAAUCAAAGAUUUUGUUAUUCCUUGUUUUUAGUUCAAUAUACUGACAUCAAACAAAAAAAUUGUGAAUGUGACUGACGUUGAUUUCAAUGUUUGUUUACCUAUAUUGUUCUUAAAAAAAUUACAUUUGUGGUUACUUAUCAUAUAAAAUAAAAUAUAGGAAAGGAAGUCUAUACAUGUUUGGAUAUCAGUCUUAAUUUUUUGACGUUGGACCUGAUACUAUUACCUCAAAGGGUUCGAGUAAUUGCUGUAAAUUAAUUGUUGUGUACUAGUAUUAUAUGGAAAUGGCCUCAUCAGACAUGCCAAAUAAUUCGCAGCCAGCGUCCUUUUCCGAUUUAGGAUCUGAACACUCUAAGACUACGGAUGAUUUCAAUGAUUUGCAGCAACAAGUUUUGGCUAAUUUUCAGAAACCAAAUGUACCAAACAUUAACAUACCAGAAAGGAUUAUAAUUUGUUUAGACACUUGUUACGAUGACAAUACCUCCCUAUACAGAUUAGCAGAUGGCACUACAUUUACACCUAUAAAUAUGUUGAAACGGAUACUUGAUUUUUUCAUACACUCAAAAUAUGCUAUCAAUCAUAAAACUGAAUUUGCUUUAUUAAUUUUGAAAGAUACAGAACCAUGCUGGAUACAAAACUUUACAAAUAAUUUAAAAGAUAUUAUAAAUGUGAUUGAUUACAUUAAUGCUGAAGAAAGUACAUCAGAAAGCUUUGAUUUCAAAAAGGUAUUUCAAAUUUUGAAACAAAAGAUAGAAAUUCCAGAAUAUAAACAGGAAGAUUGUAUAAUACCUCCUCCAUAUGUGUUGAGAAUGAUUGUUCUGUAUGGACGUUCAAAUUGCAUACCUCUGAUAGCUCAAGAUGACCAAUACUUCAUGUUUUUAAAGAAACAGUUAUAUUUUUAUAUUGAUAUACUAUUAGCACAUGAAGAAGAAUGCUCACUUUAUAAAUGUGCAGAAAUUUAUGAUAGUUUACAAAACUUGGACAAUGGAUAUUCUUAUGUUUAUGAAGUGUCAAGAAAUGCAACUAAGAUUCAUGAUUGUGCUGCAAAAUUGCUAGCACAUCCUUUACAAAGAGUGCUGCAAAAACAGACCAAUUAUAGUUUUGGCAAUAGACCUUAAAAAUAUAUAUAAAAAAAAUAAUUUGUAAUUAAGAAUAUUAAUAAAACAUAUAGUUCA